UCCAGAUCGCAAGCUCAAACAGCGCCGACCCAACUGAUCGUGUUGAAGAAGAAAAAAGCUGAUAUCAUUGAGCAUCGAACCCACCCACGCACCCCACGUACCCGGCAGGCACCCCGCAAAAGCAAAGAGAAAUGUACGCAGACAUCACCGAGCCGCCAGCCCCGCUCCCGGCGCCGCGGCUGUCGGAGCUCCGGCCCGGAGUGCACCUGCUCCGCCCGCUGUCCCGGCGGGGCCAUGGCCCGGGCCUCGUGGUGCUCACGCCCGACGCCGACGACGACGACAAGCGGCUGCUGGGCAUCGUCGAGGGCGUGCCGUGGCCGCUGCUCAAGUGGGCCGAGGAGGGGUAUGCCGUCGUUGGGAUACAGAUUUCCGCCGUCAAGGGCGGCAACGACGACGCCGCCGUGCUGGACGCGGCGUUAAAGGCGCUGGAGGCGUGCGAAGAGUGUGACGGGCAGGGCAAGAUUGGUGUCGUUGCGUAUGACUCUGAGGCGUGGAACCUCGUCGCGCCGUCACUAUCCCGCUUUGCUGCGAUUGUCGCGGGCAUCGUGCACGCCGACGACAAGACCGCCCUCGAGUCGCUCAACAAUCCCACCGUUCCAGUGCUGCAGCACCUGGCAGGCCACACGCCCGGCAAGCGCCAGGAGCAAACGACGUCCUCGGCCCCGUUGGCGGUGGCAAAAACCCAUUACUAUCCGAUGGUCGCGUCAGGGCGCUUCGCCGUCCCCUUCCAGCCCGACUUCUCCGCCAACGCCGAGUCCGUCGCCCACUCGCGUAGCCUCGCCUUCCUCAAGCCCCUCGUCGGCGGGCCGUAUUUUGACCUCGAGGCCAUCUGGGACGAGCACACGUACUACGAGUUUGCAGACCGCUCCGUGGAGCACACCAUGAGCACCAUGGUGCAGGAGCCCUACGUGAACCACGUGCCCACGCUGACGGGCGGCAUCGGGCGGGAGCGCCUGUCCGCCUUUUACCGCGACAAUUUCAUAUUCAACAACUCGGCCGACACGGAGCUCGAGCUCAUCAGCCGCACCGUCGGCGUCGACCGCGUGAUUGACGAGUUCAUCUUCAAGUUUACCCACGACCAGGAGAUUGACUGGCUGCUUCCCGGCGUCCCGCCCACCGGUCUCAAGGCCGAGGUCCCGUUCACGGCCGUCGUCAACAUCCGCGGCGACAGGCUCUACCACGAGCACAUCUCCUGGGACCAGGGCACCGUCUUGCGCCAGCUGGGCCUGCUGCCCGAGUACCUGCCGUUCCCGUAUGCGCUUCCCGAUGGUAGGACGGCGGCGGCGGGCAGGACAUUUGAGUACCGGGUGCCGGUGCUGGGCGCGGAGACGGCGUCCAAGAUGCGGGACAAGAACAGCGUGGCGUCCAACGCGCUCAUCGGCGGGACGAUUCGCGAGGUGUAGGGCGCGGCCAUUGACUGGCUAAUGCUGUGACUCGAAACGGACGCCAGUAUGUGCCUGGACGGCCGGCUGG